CGGGACCAGGCGUGCGGGGCGACAGGGUGGCCGUCCUGGUCCUCCGCGGGAUACCGCUGCGGGGAAAGCGGUGGGCAGCGGACGUGCCGGGCGAGGAGGCUCCCCUUGCCCUGCCGGCCGAGCUGAGGAGGCAGUCCUCACUUUCCACACGACGACUCUCGGACCCAGGCCAGCCUCUAGAUCGCCAUGGUAUCUAUUCUGUGAAAAGAUUGUGACAACCUGCCUGACCCAGAGGCUGGCCCCUAGAUAUUCCCUUUAUACCCACAUGGAAGCCAAUCUGUUUCUGGUCUUUAUUGCUGUGUGAAUUUUGCCAAGUGACUUGCCCUCUCUGAGCCUCAGAUUGGCUGAAGAACAGUGAAAAUAUUAAUAAAUGCCAGCACAGCCCCGAUCAUAGUAAGACAACAGUUAAUGGCAGCUUACUGAGUACAGGAAAAUUUUCUUUCUAGUUGUGUUAAAUAUACAGUCAGUUAUACAGCUUCCUGAGAUUUUACAGAAAUGUGUAAAGACACCGCCCAGUAGAUAUAGUAGAGCUGCCAACCCCUUCAGGCAGGCUUCCUUGUAGUUUUUAUUUAUUUUGUUUCUUCCCUGAGCCAGAACUCACAAUGUUAUCUGCAGUCUGAGUUUGAGUGAGAUUGGAUCUACCAAGGCAAAGCUCAGCGAGAGGGCUUUGGUCUCUUCAACUUCCAGAAGAAAGACCCAAUCCUGGGACAAUGCGUUGGAAGCAGGAAAAAAACAAAAAACAAAAAACAAAAAAACAAAACAAAACAGGCGAAGCUCUAUGAUAGUUUAUUUUCCCCCUAGCUCAGUCCUAGCAUUGCUGACGGCUGCUAAUUCCAGCCAGAGGCCUGGAGUCCCCCAGUGAGGGGCUAAGGGCGUGUCUCCUGUUGAGUUUUCCAGCCAUCCCAGGACACCAUGCUGCACUGUGAAAGCUAAGUCUUUUCUGGUUGGCUUCCAUUGAUCUUCCCGCUUGGUCGGUCACACUGCUCCCAGUUUUUGGGUCUUUGCUGAGAGUUGAAGGGCUACUCUAAGUGACUCCUGGGCCCCUAUCACUGAGCUGCCUCUCCAUCCCCUUGGAUAUCUGCAAGUUUUUGUUUGUUUUGAAAUACUGGGGUAAAUCUCAGAGCUUUACACAUCAUGAGAGACAAGAGCUCUCCCUCAGAACUACAUUCCCCAGUUCCUUUUACUUUUUUCUUUUCUUUUCUUUUCUUUUUUUCGGAGCUGGGGAUCGAACCCAAGGCCUUGCACUUGCUAAGCAAGUGCUCUACCACUGAGGUAAAUCCCCAACCAUUGCUUUGGUUUUUUGCUUGCUUGUUUUUGUUUUUUGUUUUUUGUUUUUUGUUUGGUUUUUUAUUUUUAUUUUUAUUUAUUUAUUUAUUUAUUUAUUUAUUUAUUUAUUUAUUUUGAGACUAACUUUGUGUGAUCCCGGUUGGCCUUGGAGUCCUGCCUCUGCUUCCUGAUGCUGAAGGUAAGGUGUGUGCCGUUACCUCUCGUUUUGUUUGUUUUUUAAAUUUUGAGACAUUGUCUGGCCUUUAGCUUAUGAUCUGACCUGCCUCGGUGCCCUGGGAUACAGGUGUACUAUCUGCCCCAGGCAGACACUGUGUCCCUUAAUCUAGCAGCAUGAGGUGGGGCCUGUUUGGAAAUGGAUCCCACAGCAGUACCGUGCUCUGUAGACAAGCAGUGGUCCUGUGCUAGGCCACAGUGUGUGCAGUCAGGAGUGACCCCUCUGGGGUCUCUGCUCCCUGAGUCUACUACGGUAAGGCUGUAGUCAAGGGGAACCUGGCUUUGCAGUUGCCUGCACCUUUUUUUUUUUUUUGUUCUUUUUUUCGGAGCUGGGGACCGAACCCAGGGCCUUGCGCUUCCUAGGUAAGCGCUCUACCACUGAGCUAAAUCCCCAGCCCCAGUUGCCUGCACCUUUGACUGGGCCUGGAGGGUCCUUCCCACCAUAGCUUGAUCAACAGGCCUACUCCGCUGGGCAGGAGCCUCUCUUCCUCUCUAUCUGGGCCUUCUUGGGGCAGUUUGGGCUUCCCCACAACAUGGCUCAUACCGUCCCCAGAGCAGAUGACUGCAAGAAAGCAGUCUGGAAGCUAUAGUGUCCUGGGGUCCAUUCUGAAGUCCGUGCCAGAUUUCUGCAGCAGCUCCUUGGUCAUCAUGGGUCACCUUGCCUAGUGUGCAGGGUGCUGGGCUUGGAUAUGAGCACCCAGACACUGAGAGUGUAGCUCUCUGGGGCCAUUCUGGGGUCAGUGCUAACAAACCUUGUUGUCAUUUAUGGCUGUGCUUCCUUGUGCUACUGGGCUCCUGGAAGGUGGCCUCAGUGUCUGGCGCACUCUGACGAUAGUAUUUGCAUGGAAGUCCCUCUCCACUGGUUCCUCCCAGGCCCACCUGAUGGUCACUGUUCUGCUCCAGACUGUCCAUCCUCCUUGGGGACCAUAACCUUCCUUAUAAGGUCUAUCUCUUCCUUCAGUGUCACUUCUUCCCAGAAGUGAUGCCUCCCCCAGGCUAGACUCUGUCCCCACCAUGUACUCUUGAGGCCCCCAGACCUCUCCUGAUGGGAGGAAUUCUUCCUUCCUCUGGCUUAAUUUUUUUUUUUUUUUUUUUUAUCCAAAUAGUCUGUUCUGCAGCUCAGGCCUGCCUGGGACUCACCAAGUAGCCCAGGCUGAGCUUGAACCCAUGGUCUUCCUGCCUCUGCUCCCUGAGUACUGGGAUGACAGUGGCUUUUUUGCACAUCUUACUGAUUUCUUUUAUUGUGUGUGUGCAGCCCUGGAGUAGAACUCAAGGCCUCACACGUGCUUAGCAAACACUUGAUCCUUGAGCCUCCCACCCUUAGCAGGGCUUUGGGGGUAAACACACUUGGCUCAACCCUCUGUUUCUCAGAGCUGGGCUCAUGCAAAUCUAUGCAAAUUGCCUCCUUCUUGAGGCUUCAUCUCCACCUUUCUAAGCUGGGGAUUCUGACAGGAGUACAACCCAAGGCCCUGUCCAGCCGAUGGAGAGGAGGAAGGUUCCAGCAAAGCCUCCACCUGCAGCAUCUACCCAGCCUUCCUUCCCUGCAGUCCUGACCACAGCUCCUCUCAGUGUCUCUCACAGGGUCGUAGCUUGGAAGCUCCAUUCACUAGGUAGCUGGUCUCCCCGCUCUUGCCUCAUUUCCAGACUUCCCUCCCAUCCUCUUUCCCUCCACUCUCUUUCCCUUCCUCUCUUCCUUCUCUCCUUCAAGGAGCAUUUAAUAUUCUUUUCUCUUAAGCGCUGUAACACUUUUAUGAUAAGAAAUCAAAAUAUUUUUAUCUCUCCUGCUCUGAAACAUUUAUGCAAAUGUCUUCAUUCCCCUCCAACUGGCUAAAACUUGUUUAUACAAAGGUCCUGCUGUGUUAUCAAAAUUAAUUUUUUCAUUUGUUUUGUGUGUGUGUGUGUGUGUUUGAGACAGGGUCUCAGUAUGUAGUCCUUGGCUGUCCUGUAACUCAUUAUGUAGACAAGACUGGGCUUGAAUCACAGAAAACCUCUGCCUUCCAGGCCCUAGGAUUAAAGGUGAAUGCCACUACGUCCUGCUUCAUUAUCAGAAUUUAAGUGACCUCGACUACCCUUCAUUUCCUUUGCAUGGAUCCCUUGAAAACAGGCAGUCAUGAAAGACUUUGAGGCCCAAUCCCAAACAGUCGGGGGCUUGGAGGAUGGGCUGGGAAAAGGACGCAGAAUUACCACCUGUGUAGAAUGAGAACCGGUGAACUUCCUGUGUGCUUGCUUGCCCAGCUUGGGUCUUGGUGCACCCUCUUUACUACCUACUGUGCUCAUGUGCUUCUCCGCCUGAGAUUUAGAUUAUUUGUCUCUAACAUUUCCUCUCUCCCCACUUUGCCUCCCUCUUUCUUCCCUCCUCUUCUCUUUCCUUCAUGGAGGCUUGAUUCACACAGGCUCAGCUGUUGUUCAUCAGGGUGGAGUGAUGCAAAACAUGUCCUCCCCCAUCCCCAGUGAGAACCUGCUCUGCCUGCUCCUCUCUCCUCCCCAGUGAGAACCCACUCUGCCUGCUCCUCCCUCAUCCCCAGUGAGAACCCACUCUGCCUGCUCCUCCCUCAACCCCAGUGAGAACCCACUCUGCCUGCUCCUCCCUCAUCCCCAGUGAGAACCCACUCUGCCUGCUCCUCCCUCAUCCCCAGUGAGAACCCACUCUGCCUGCUCCUCCCCCCUCCCAAUGAGAACCCACUCUGCCUGCUCCUCCCUUAUCCCCAGUGAGAACCCACUCUGCCUGCUCCUCCCUCAUCCCCAAUGAGAACCCACUCUGCCUGCUCCUCCCUCAUCCCCAGUGAGAACCCACUCUGCAUGCUCCUCCCUCAUCCCCAGUGAGAACCCGCUCUGCGUGCUCCUCCCUCAUCCCCAGUGAGAACCCACUCUGCCUGCUCCUUCCUCAUCCCCAGUGAGAACCCACUCUGCCUGCUCCUCCCUCAUCCCCAGUGAGAACCCACUCUGCCUGCUCCUCCCUCAUCCCCAGUGAGAACCCACUCUGCAUGCUCCUCCCUCAUCCCCAGUGAGAACCCGCUCUGCCUGCUCCUCCCUCAUCCCCAGUGAGAACCCACUCUGCCUGCUCCUCCCUCCUCCCCAGUGAGAACCCGCUCUGCCUGCUCCUCCCUCACCCCCAGUGAGAACCCACUCUGCACACUCAGGAGAUUAAGGGGAAAGCGCCUUAAUGAUAACUCGCAUCCCACCCUGACGUGUCCAAAGAGGAGCCGGCUGGACCAGGUUUUACUAACUUUGCUGCCUUAGACACAUGCUUUUCAUAUCUGCUGUCAUUCUUAAACCUCUUCCAUUCCAGUCCCAGGUCACACUGAACAAUUUCAACAGAGACAGGAGAGCAUGAGUCUUGCCACUUGGGAAGAUGGGAGGUUUAUAUGGUAAAGAUAUUAUCAGAAUUAUUUCUUAAGAGUAUUUCUUAACAACCGGCGUUCCUUUUGAAUGUUUGUUACCCAGGUCCCUCUUGCCCACCUGGCAGGACUGUGCUUCUCCUGACUUAAUGACAGACCAGGACUUAGUGAUGGCUGCAGACCUGCUGUGCCCUCGAGCUGCCCCUUGGGGGCGUGUUCUUUGACGUGGGAGUAGCCUAAUGGCUGCUUGUUAGUCAGGGCUGUCUCCUUUUGUUAUGGGAAUGAAGCCUAAUUGGAGGUCAAGCUUGGUGAACAAACAUUAGCGGAAACUUUCCCUGGAAACCCUAAACUUCCACUAUGGUGCAGAAUUCUUCUUCCCACAGUUCCUAGGCAGCCUGUUUAGUGUAUUGCUGGUCUCCAGUCUUACUGGAGGCAAUGCUCCUUCAGCUAAAUUCCACUUUGUGUAACUUAAUAUUUCUAAGCAAGUUAAUUAGUAAAUCCUUCAUUGCACCAAUUUUGUUAGGUUUUUUUUUUUCCCCCCAGAGCUGAGGACCGAACCUUGGGCCUUGCGGUUGCUAGGCAAGCACUCUACCACUGAGCUAAAUCCUCAACCCCUACCAAUUUUAACUAGUUUCUCUGCACUAGGUCUGCCUUGUUUCAGCACAUCCAUAUCACCCCAAGGAGGCCCCGCCCCCAUUCAGUAGUCCCUCCCCUUCCUCAGCUUCCUGCAAACAGUCGUCUUCUACCCCUGUCUGUGGAUCUCCAGGGACUGUCUGUAGAUCAGUCUAAAGGCUGAUUUGAGGGCUUCUUCUCAGCUUAUCAUUGGAGUUCAUCCAUGGUCACAUAGCGAGUGCUCCAUCCUUUUUCACGAGAGACUAAUGUUCCAUUGUCUGUGGGUCAUGUUCUGUGUGUGUACACGUCCAGUCAUAGACAUCGGGCCGGCUCAGUCCCUGGGCCCCUGUGAGUGGAGUUGCUCAGCCCUUCAUGUACACAGCUUGGCUGUUGUUGGAAAAUCUUGCCCCACUCUUUUUUUCUAUGUUUUCUCCUUCAUUUUGGGUCUUAGAGUCUCUUCUGUCCCUCAGUGCUGGCAUUUGAGCUGUGUACUAUGUGUACUAUGCCUGCUUACAUCAGACUUUUUUAUACACUUGAAGACUCAAAGGUGAUGUUCUGCUUAGGUGGUGAAGCCACAAAGCCCUGGAGAACAGCAAGGCACAUCAAGGCUAUGUGCGCUGUGUUAAUAGGCCAGGCAGGGCGCCCAGCUUCACAGGUGGAGAAUUCCUUCUAGCCUCCUGGACAAGCAGGGGAGAUUAAAGUCAACUUUCUACUGUCUUAGAGCCAAUAGGUUCUAGUUUUCAUGACUGCCCCUGGGUGGGCAAGAGAAGUUCUGUGCGUAUGUCUUGCCUCGGAGCUGGGACGUGAAAUUCUGAAGCGUGUUUUGGGAUAUUGUCCUGACAACACUGUGGGUCUUUUUGUUUGGUCUUUGGAACCCUAACAGCAUAGGGUUUGUGACAGGCCCACCAGGCAUUUGCAUGAAUUUAAAACUAUUCUUCUGUCUGAGUCAAGCCUCCUUCACCACAAUAGAUACAAAGACAGUUAUUUUUGCCUUCCUUUAUCUGCUUAGCCCUUCAUCCGGUGAGUGACCUACCACCCUCCAGGGCGUCUGAGGAGGGUAGAAUGUUCUGGUCUAGGCUGGAGAUCUUUUGAGCCCUUUUCAGUCAGGUUCUCUUGGGGACUGGUUCUCUUGAGUUAUUUUUGCCCAUCUGUCUGGAGGAGUCCAGCUCUGUUCAGCCAUGGGGACCCAGUUUAGAGGUGGCUGUCUUUGUUUUUUCAGGAAGUGAGAAGUCUGAAGGGAGAAAAGGGGGAAAUAGCUUUGUAGGGCUGUGACUUGGUUGCAAGCUGCUACCCUCUCUCAAGGAGAGAAUUUGGGCCUGAGACCACCCAGUCAACCUGGGCUGUGGACAUGAGGUCCCCUCCCAGAAGUAGAAGGAGGGAGACAGGACAGCUCUAUCAGGCAGACCCUUGGACUGGUCCCAGGGAGCCGCCUGCAAGAGACAGAGAACCUGUCCCUGGGUCCUAGCUGCUUCUCUCCACCCGUGAACUUCCUUCAAGAGCUGCCAAGCUACCGGUCAGUGGCACGUAGGAGGACAAACAUCCUCUCUCGGGACAAGCAGAGUGGCACCCUGCUGAAGCCAACGGGCUCUUUCAGUUCCCAGCUAGAUGGAGGGAUCACAGAAAACCUCAACAGCCAAUCCAUCCGCAAGUACGCGCUGAACAUCUCUGAGAAGCGGAGACUAAGGGACAUUCAGGAAACCCAGAUGAAGUAUUUAUCAGAGUGGGACCAGUGGAAACGCUACAGCAGCAAGUCCUGGAAGAGGUUCAUUGAGAAAGCUCGAGAGAUGACGACUCACCUGGAACUGUGGCGCAAAGACAUCCGCAGCAUUGAAGGGAAGUUUGGCACGGGGAUCCAGUCCUACUUCUCGUUCCUGCGGUUCCUGGUGGUGCUGAACCUGGUGAUAUUCCUGAUCAUCUUCAUGCUGGUUUUGCUCCCUAUCAUUCUCACCAAGUACAAGAUUACCAACAGCACUUUCGUGCUCAUCCCGUUCAAAGACAUGGAUAUGCAGUGCACGCUGUAUCCAAUCAGUAGCUCUGGGCUCAUUUACUUCUACAGUUACAUCAUAGACCUGCUGUCUGGCACGGGAUUCUUGGAGGAAACCAGCCUUUUCUAUGGACACUACACCAUUGAUGGUGUAAAAUUCCAGAACUUCACGUAUGAUCUGCCCUUGGCUUACUUGAUAAGCACAAUCGCCUACCUGGCUCUGAGCCUCCUUUGGAUAGUGAAAAGGUCGGUGGAAGGGUUCAAGAUCAACCUGAUUCGGAGCGAGGAGCACUUUCAGAGUUACUGUAAUAAGAUCUUCGCUGGCUGGGACUUCUGCAUCACCAACCGCAGCAUGGCCGAGCUGAAACACAGCAGCUUGCGGUAUGAGCUCCGAGCAGAUCUGGAGGAAGAGAGAAUACGGCAGAAAAUAGCAGAAAGGACCUCAGAAGAAACCAUCCGCAUUUACUCUUUGAGGCUGUUUUUGAACUGUAUCGUGCUGGCCGUGCUAGCAGCCUGCUUUUAUGCCAUCUACCUAGCAACUACCUUCUCGCAAGAACACAUGAAAAAAGAAAUUGACAAGAUGGUCUUUGGGGAGAACCUGUUGAUAUUGUACCUUCCAUCCAUUGUGAUUACCCUGGCCAAUUUCAUUACCCCAAUCAUCUUUGCCAAGAUCAUCCACUACGAGGAUUACUCACCAGGCUUUGAGAUCCGCCUGACCAUUCUUAGGUGUGUCUUUAUGCGGCUGGCCACCAUCUGUGUGCUGGUGUUCACGCUGGGCUCCAAGAUCACAUCCUGUGGCGACAGCACAUGUGAACUCUGUGGCUAUAACCAGAAACUCUACCCGUGCUGGGAGACUCAGGUGGGACAGGAAAUGUACAAGCUGAUGAUCUUCGACUUCAUCAUCAUCCUGGCUGUGACACUGUUUGUGGAUUUCCCUAGGAAGCUCCUGGUGACCUACUGUGCCUCCUCAAAGCUGAUCCAGUGCUGGGGGCAGCAGGAAUUCGCCAUCCCAGACAAUGUCCUGGGCAUCGUGUAUGGGCAGACCAUCUGCUGGAUUGGAGCCUUCUUCUCCCCACUCCUCCCUGCCAUCGCCACCUUGAAAUUCGUUAUCAUCUUUUACGUGAAAGAGUUGAGUCUUCUCUACACCUGCAGACCGUCCCCUCGGCAGUUCAGAGCGUCCAAUUCUAACUUCUUCUUCCUGCUGGUGUUGCUGAUUGGGCUGUGCUUGGCCAUCAUACCUCUGACAAUCAGCAUGGCUCGCAUCCCUUCCUCAAAAGCCUGCGGCCCAUUCACCAACUUCAACACCACCUGGGAGGUUAUCCCCCAGACCGUGAGCACCUUCCCCAGCUCACUGCAGACCCUGAUCCAUGGCGUUACAUCAGAAGCCUUUGCAGUGCCUUUCUUCAUGAUCAUCUGCCUGGUCAUGUUCUACUUCAUUGCGCUGGCUGGAGCACACAAGCGGGUGGUGGCACAGCUCCGAGAGCAGCUGUCCCUGGAGAGUCGUGACAAGCGUUAUCUUAUCCAGAAACUAACAGAAGCUCAACGGGAUGUUCGGAGCCAGCCGGCUUUAGCAUGAAGAUGCUGCCUGCAACUCCUCAGCACAUAACUCUGACGACCCUACAACCCGGGGUUUGAGUGGAAAUGGCUUUUGGUGACUUAGCCAAGCAGGCUGACCCCCAGCCUGACCCCACAGGGAGUGGUGGCUCGCUGUGGGCUCCACCAAAACACUAACGUCUCAAGCUGCUCAGCCUCUCAAGAUCAGAGAGGGGAGACUUUUAUUUAUUUUGUUUUUGUUUAGACUUUUGUAUUAUUUUUAAAAAGGGUGUGUGUGUGUGUGUGUGUGUGUGUGUGUGUGUGUGUGUGUGUGUGUGUGUGUGUGUUGUGUUUUAGAGUAAAACUGAGAGUUCUUUGGAAGCCUUUCCAAAUACCCUCCCAAUGCCACUGUGACUUAAAAUGAAACCUGACUGCUUUUUUUUUUUCAAAUGGACAGGAAGCUUCAGAUGCUAAGGCUUAGAACAGCUGACAGGAAUGUAGAGAGGCCAUCAUGGUGGCAGAAAGGAAGUCCAUCCCUGCUGUGUACCCUGGACACACUUGAAUUCCCUCCCAGGCCAGUCAGUAUCACUCCCUUGAGCAGGAGACUGGGGCAGGUGACAGCCUCAGCUUCUCAGCUCUCUGGGACUUUUCUCCAGCCUUGUUCGCUCCUCCAGGGAAAGUGACCUUAGCUAACUGGUUAGCCACCAGCCUUUAGUCUCCACCUGGCCCCAAGUUCUAAGAUCUGGUGACAGGAUUGAAGAGGGGUCUAACCGUGCAAGGUGCACAGACGGUUCCUCUCUGUUCUCCAAGUGUCAUUCCUCUUCCUUGCAGGAGCUCUUCACUCCUGAAGGACAUGGGGUGUAUCAGAGCCAGGCUGCAACAUGCCUUUUGGUACUGGAGCUGGGUUUAAGGAUCAGGGGUUAUAUGUGUGAUGUCAGAUACAGGUCCACAGCCUAAGAACAGUCCAUAAUGCAAGCAUGCGUUAGGUUCCGACUACUUAAGUAUACAUUUCAAAGGGCUAGGUUUUGUUUGCCUGAGUUUAAAACUUUGUGUGUGUAUAAAAACUUUGUUUUUAUAAAACAUUACAAAGACAGAGUAUCUCUUGAGAUCUCCUGUAUCGUAAAAGCCGUAUUUAAUAAAUACCUCAUCAUGAGCCUCUCCAGAGGUGACCCUUUUAGUGGUGUCUGAUUUGAUCCGCUUUCACUGUCAGUGUGCUGCUGUUCUGUGAUGGAUAGGUGGAGUCUUGUACUGUUUUUCACUGGCUCCUAACAUUUACAUUUCAAUUAAUGUUUUAGAAAGCUGCCAAGAAGGAUUUCCCUUCUCUGACCACUGUGUUGUUCUUCAAAGUGAUUGGCUUUUCCCUCUGGAAGCAAAGCAAACUUGUUGUGGCUUACAUGUCUGUAUGUGUAUAAAGGGUGCUUUGUCAGGGGCGUGUGUGUGUGUGUGUGUGUGUGUGUGUGUGUGUGUGUGUGUCCAUGGCUUACAUAUCUGAAUUCGUAUAAAGGGCCCUUGGUCAGGUGUGUCUGUGUGUGCACAUGCACAUCCGGAGGUGGAACUCAUAUCUUCAAACUCAACACAAUCCUUUCUUUCAUCUUCCAUGAGGCUGUUAACCUGGGAUAUUUUUGUUCCUGUGGGAACGUGUGCUUCCUAACAUUUUCUUCUGUUUGAAGAUCUAUGAGGUUUUAAGCCCAACAAGAGGAGUUUUGAGUAAACCAAAGUUCAUUCCAUCCUCAUUUUACAAAUCCUAGUUGUUAGCAUUUUUGCCUAGUGUCUCCAUGUAACACUCUUGCCCUCACUGUGGCCCUGAGAUCUGCCUUCCUGUGUUUGUGGGAAUGGUGGAUAAAAUGAAUGAUAUAUUUUAUUACAAAACAGAUACCAAAAUAUGCCAAUUGUAUGUUGGUUUUAGUUAGAGCUGGUCAUGUGCUUACCCCUUACUUGAAUAUUUUUGAUAACUUUGAAUAACCAGGCAAUGUCUAUAGUUUUAAAGUGUGGCUCUCUAACAGGUAUGUGUGAAACUACUGAUACAGUGUCUUGAAAGUUUAAAGUAUGGUUGUCCCGCAAUACUCUGUAAAGUUGCUCUUUGCCACUGCAGUUAGAGGAAGUAGCAUUUUGACCUCCAUGGAUAUGUUAGGUGAGUCUUGUCUCUUCUCGGCUAUUCAGAAGCCAAGAAAAAGCAUGUUUGUGUGUUUUGAAGAUAUCUUAAGCAUUUUAUAUAUUGCUACCAUUGAAAGCCACUGUUUGUAUUUAUUUUACUAUUCUAUAAAGAUAUAAUAAAUAUUGAAAUAGC